CUCUUUAGGAAUGCGGCAUGAGGAAGAAUACAACGAUUUGAUAAUAAAGCUGCGCUAGAUAUAUGCGCAAUGAUAGAAUUUUGUAUAUGCGCAUACGCUGCUGGUACAGUACUAUCCAUACGAAUUAAAGACUAUUCCGGUCACUCUUCUUCACUUGGCCGGUUAAGAUGUUGAAUGUCGUAUCGAAAGCUGCUGCUGGCGCCUUAAGGGCCGUCAAACCCUCUAUCCUUCAAAAUGAAAUUACUAAAAUUUCGGGAGCAUUAUCAGUAAAUAGUAGAGAUUAUGCAAAAGCUGCAAGUUCCAAAGGUGGAGCUCAAGGAAAAAUUGUUGCUGUCAUUGGUGCAGUUGUUGAUGUACAAUUUGAUGAUGCUCUUCCUCCAAUUCUUAAUGCUUUGGAAGUACAAAAUCGCACCCCCAGGCUAGUCCUUGAAGUAGCACAGCAUUUGGGGGAAAACACAGUACGCACUAUUGCUAUGGAUGGUACUGAAGGUCUUGUUCGUGGACAAAAUGUUCUGGAUUCUGGAUAUCCUAUUCGUAUUCCUGUUGGUGCUGAGACAUUAGGACGCAUUAUUAAUGUUAUUGGUGAACCAAUUGAUGAACGUGGACCUAUUCCUACUGAUAAACUUGCUCCUAUCCAUGCUGAUGCUCCUGAAUUCGUAGAAAUGUCUGUUGAACAGGAAAUUUUAGUAACUGGAAUAAAAGUUGUUGAUCUUCUUGCUCCUUAUGCUAAAGGAGGAAAAAUAGGUUUGUUUGGAGGUGCUGGUGUUGGAAAAACUGUAUUAAUUAUGGAAUUAAUCAAUAAUGUAGCAAAAGCCCAUGGUGGUUACUCUGUAUUUGCUGGUGUGGGUGAACGUACUCGUGAAGGAAAUGAUUUAUAUCAUGAAAUGAUUGAAUCUGGAGUCAUUUCAUUAAAAGAUAAAACUUCCAAAGUAGCUCUGGUAUAUGGUCAAAUGAACGAACCUCCAGGCGCUCGUGCUCGUGUCGCUUUGACUGGCUUAACCGUUGCCGAAUAUUUCCGUGAUCAAGAAGGACAAGAUGUAUUACUAUUCAUUGAUAAUAUCUUUAGGUUUACUCAAGCUGGUUCUGAAGUAUCAGCUUUGUUAGGUCGUAUCCCAUCUGCUGUAGGUUAUCAGCCAACAUUAGCAACUGAUAUGGGUAGUAUGCAGGAACGAAUUACCACAACAAAAAAAGGAUCUAUAACUUCUGUGCAGGCUAUUUAUGUACCUGCUGAUGAUUUGACAGAUCCUGCGCCUGCUACUACCUUUGCUCAUUUAGACGCUACAACUGUAUUGUCUCGAGCUAUUGCUGAAUUGGGUAUCUAUCCUGCUGUCGAUCCCCUCGAUUCUACUUCUCGUAUCAUGGAUCCUAAUAUAAUUGGUGCUGAACAUUAUAAUGUUGCUCGUGGCGUACAGAAAAUCUUACAGGAUUAUAAAUCACUUCAAGAUAUUAUUGCUAUCUUAGGUAUGGACGAGUUAUCGGAAGAAGAUAAACUCACUGUUGCACGUGCACGUAAAAUUCAGAGGUUCUUGUCUCAACCAUUCCAGGUUGCUGAGGUAUUUACUGGUCACGCUGGCAAAUUAGUACCAUUAGAAGAAACUAUUAAAGGAUUUAAGAAAAUUCUUGCUGGAGAUUAUGAUCAUUUGCCGGAAGUUGCAUUCUAUAUGGUCGGUCCAAUUGAAGAAGUAGUAGCGAAAGCAGAAUCGUUGGCAAAACAAUAAAUUAAUUCACAGUCAUUAAUCAUGUCAUUAAAAAGUAAUUAAAACGAUCUUCUAAUAAUA